CAGAGGGCCAAGAUGGAGGCUGUACAAAAGGACCACUGGUACGCCACGGUACUCAUCCUUGUCUUCAGUCUCACGGGUUCUGUGCUGCAGACAAAUGGUGUCACCACGGUGAAGCUGGAGGAGGGGAUGGUUCUAGGGUGUGUGUGUCCAUGGGACGGGAACCUCAGCAUGGUCUCCUGGACCAAACUGAUCCGGUUAGAGAAGGUUCCUGUAGGCGUGUACCACCCUGUGUACGGAGUGUCCAUCUCCCAGCCAUACCAGAACAGGAUCAAGUUCCUGAAGACCACACCCAUGGACAGCAGUAUCACCAUCACUAACGUCACCCAAGAGGACGCUGGGCUCUACCAAUGCUCUGUUCAAAGCUUCCCCAGUGGAUCCUGGGCCAGAGAUAUAUUGGUGGAGGACGCUGAUCAAGAAGAAACUGACAUACACACCAGAGAACCAGAACCUAGCCCAGUUGAUUUCAGCCUGUCUGAGAAUCUGAUUUACAUCUAUGUUGGUGGCCUCUUAGUCCUGCUCUCUGUCAUUCUAAUACUGGUCGUUUGGCAGAGAAAGAAGAAGAGGAGAGAGGAGUACAGGAUCAAAUUGCAAAGAGCUCAGAGACAGUCCUGCAACAACUCUCAGAACGUGCCUGUGUAUGACAGGAUGAGGAAGGAGACCAAUCAGAGCGGAGAUGGGCCAGUGUACGCCAACAUACACACCAUACAUUCACACACUAAGAGGAAGAGAUAGGGAGCAGAGCUGUGUCACAGACCCCUGUCUGACCUCUGACCUCAGAGCUCUGUCACAGACCCCUGUCUGACCUCUGACCUCAGAGCUCUGUUACAGACCCCUGUCACAGACCACUGUCUGACCUCUGACCUCAGAGCUCUGUUACAGACCCCUGUCACAGACCCCUGUCUGACCUCUGACCUCGGUGCUGUGUUACAGACCCCUGUCUGACCUCUGACCUCUGUUACAGACCCCUGUCUGACCUCUGUUAAUAUAUGGUUGUACUCAAAAACUAUGCAACUCAAUUACAAUGUAAUCCCUUGAAACAUUGAAGGUUUGUUUAGAUACAGUUCUGCCAAUAAUCAACAUGUAGCACGUAUUGCAUGAAUACCAUCAAUAUGUACAGUAUUGUUGAAGGCUUCACAUGCAGAAGUGAUAUAACAUCAUACAAGCAAACUGUCAUUAAAAGCGUUCACCAUUAUAAACUAUCACAUUCUCUAUUCCAAUCCUCACAGUCGUCUCUAACUCAAUCGUGUGACAACGAACAAAGCAAUCAUGCCGUGUCAUCCUCAGGGAAUGCUGUAUUUCCUGGUUGUUAUUAUGCAGAUUGAGUCCUGUGGGUUCUCAUGGAAGUCAUGGAAUGUUAUCAUGGAAUUUCUCUGACGCAAAAUUAUGAUAAUCAAUUGAAACAUUGUAUGUUUUCUGCAUCUAAGCCAUAGAUCAAAUAUUUAUUCUCAUUCUAACUGUAGAACCUACACUGAGUAUUCAAAACAUUAAGAACACCUGCUCUUUCAAUGACAGACUGACCAGGUGAAUCCAUGUGAAA